GCAUGCUCGCACCUGUCACCUCCUCCCGCCGUGGGUCGCAUGCGGCACUCAGCGGCCGGGUGCACCAGGCAGCUGCUCGGGCUGCGCGCCGGGGGAGCGGUAGCUGGAGCUGCGGGGCCAUGAGGCUGGCGGAGGGGAGCUUCGGCCGGGCGCUCCUUCCCCCUCCGCAGCGAGCGUAGCCGCCUGUUUGGGCAGAGCCGGGUCCCCGCCAUUGAUGCCGCUGCCGUUGGGCGGCGGUGGCGCGCGCCGCAGAGGGGCCGUUUGAUUCCGGGCUGGUAACGGCCGGUGCCCGGGGUCGGGCCGAGGCCUGGGGCUGCCCCCAGUAUGCGAUGGGGAACUGCUGGGCGCAGUGGUGCUGCGGCCUUUUCUUGCGGAGAGAAGCGGGGCGGAUCCAGCGAGGCGGAGGAUCAAAGUAUUUUAGAACAUGUUCAACUGGAGAACACUUCACUAUAGAGUUUGAGAAUCUAGUGGAAAGUGAUGAGGGAGAAAGCCCAGGAAGCAGUCAUAGACCUCUGACGGAGGAAGAAAUUGCUGAUCUGAGAGAGAGACAUUAUGAUUCCAUUGCUGAAAAACAGAGAGCAUUUGAUAUGAAACUUCAGUCCGAGUUAGCCUUACAAGAGGAGAAGUUAAGAAUAGAAGAAGAGGCUUUAUAUGCUGCACAACGUGAAGCAGCCAGGGCAGCAAAGCAGAAAAAGCUCUUGGAGCCACAUAGACUGCAGAGGAUUAUGCAGCGAGCACCAGCAGCUAAUAAUGGAGAAUAUCAAAGCUCAGUGGCAGAAGAGGAGUUUGAUUGUUCUUUGAGAAAUAUAAAGCUCCACUAUGAAGCUUUUCGAAGUAGCAGACUUUCAUCUGAUGCUACCAUUCCGACACCAAACACGGAGAGCAGCUGUGACUUAAUGACCAAAACAAAAUCAACAAGUGGAAAUGAUGACAGCACUUCACUAGAUCUAGAGUGGGAAGAUGAAGAAGGCAUGAACAGAAUGAUUCCAAUGAGAGAGCGCUCUAAAACAGAAGAAGAUAUACUCCGAGCAGCACUAAAAUUUAGCAGCAAGAAGACCGGAAGUAAUCCAACCUCAGCUUCUGAUGAUUCAAAUGGUUUGGAGUGGGAGAAUGAUUUUGUUAGUGCUGAGAUGGAUGAUAAUGGCAAUUCAGAGUAUGCUGGAUUUGUGAAUCCUGUAAUAGAACUGUCUGCGUCAGACAUAAAUAAAUCCGAUGCUGAUCAACAAGACAGAUAGUGAAAUUGUGUGGCUGUUGUUAAUGGCAAAAUGUUCAAAGUUAAAUGGAGUGUACAGAAAUGUGAGGCUUGUGUAAGAAAAGGAAGGAAACCAUAUUGUAAUGCUCAUUAGCAAGGAAUGGGAAUGAUUUGUUAUCUGAGUUACUUCAGAAUUAAGUGCAAUUUUAUCAUCUACCUUAUAAAUGUUUAUGAAAAUACUGGGGUGAUUCUAUCUUGUAUAUUUCUGGAAAUUUGGGAUUCAUAUAAAAUUAUCUGCACUAAUUUAAGAUUCCAUCUUGACAUACCUAUAUUUUAACUAACCACUUUAUUUCAGUGUAUUUCUCCUGAUUUGUUUUACAUGUCAUUGGCCUAAUAUUUAUCUUGAAAAUAAAUAUCCUACAUAAGUUAUCUUAAUACUUGAAUGUAUUAAGUGGUGGGUGAGGAUCUGUGGCCUGCAAUGUGCAGGAGCUCAGACUAGAUUAUCAUGAUGGUCCCUUCUGACCUUAAAGUCUGAGAAUGUGAAAGCGGUGAGAGAUUACUUUUAUAAAUUGCCUUUUUCCAUUAUCUAUUUGAUUUGUUCUUUAACAUAGGGAGGCCGAGUCAAUAGUUUAUCACAUGUGGAAUUGUCUAUUUGCAAUUGGUUUAUUACCUCAAUUUAUUUCUUACCUUUUUUUAAUUGAAUUUCUUGUACCAAGCAUAAUGAUUCCAAUGGCAUAGAAACAAGAUUAGACAAGAUUUGUCAUGUAAAAUGAUGUAUUAUGUUUAGUAAAAGUAUGCUACCUAAAGAUUUUUUUAUAGCUGCUUUUCUGUACGUCAACGGGAAAUUUUGAAAUUUGAAAGUUAAUUAAAGGAAAAUUUAGAGGACCAAAGGUUCAGUUUUUUUCACUUACUACUCAUCAAAUGCUGCUAGUACAAAAGUGUUUAGAGAGACUUUUAACUUGUGGAAUACUUAUAAUUUCUUCAGCUUUGUAUGAAUAAUUCUUAAAGUCAGCAUUAUGUGAACAGACUUGCAGUAUGUGGGGAAAAAAUCACUUGUCUGCUAGGUUUGGAAGAAACUAGCACUAGAAAAGGUUCAGAAAAGGACAACUAAAAUGAUUAAGGGUUUGGAAUGGGUCCCAUAUGAGGAGAGAUUAAAGAGGCUAGGACUCUUCAGCUUGGAAAAGAGGAGACUAUGGGGGGAUAUGAUAGAGGUAUAUAAAAUCA